AUGAAAUUCCAAGACAGAUUUUACUCCGAAGGCCAAGGCUACUUUGGCCCGAGAGAGAACCCCUUGACCGAAGCUCAUUGCAAUGUCUGGGAUUGGGAUCGACUGUGUAUGGUUAAGGUCAAAGGGACCGCCAAGCUAUUUCCCCCAGACGAGGAUGUAGAGGUCCCAAUCCUGGCGCAAUUCGCGGAUUACCUGUCGCCAGAGGUUCGCGCAGUUACAGUUGACGACGAUGGACUCCUUGCUGGAGUCUCGACCGAUCCGGAAGAAGACGAUACUCCAUUUGUUGCAUAUAUUCCCUUCUCCGUUGCUGAAUCGCUCGCCGAUUGCCGAACAAUCCAGUACUCUAAACUUCAUGAGCUCGAUCGGCUUGGACCAGGUGUUGAUCUCUCAUCAUACGAAGACGAAUCCGGGAUUCCGCAGAAGGUUGCCUUUAAAUUCAACCCUUUGGACAAGCCUCAAAGACUAAAGAUGGCCUGGGAUGAACUCAACCUUCUCAAAGAUCUGCCGCCACAUCCCAAUAUAGUGCCGUUUGAUCGUGUUGUUCUCGAAGACGUGGAAUCUCGGGUGAUUGGAUUCACAACGAAAUACAUUCCGGGUGGAACUCUCGACAAUACGAAUGUGCCUUUUCGAUUUGAGUGGUUGCAACAGCUUACCGAACUCGUGGACUUCCUAAACCUGGAACUGGGAAUUAUGCAUCAAGACAUUGCACCCCGCAAUCUGCUUAUCGAUCGUGAUACAAACAAGAUCCUUUUAUUUGACUUCGAUUGGGCGGCAUGCGGAAGAAACCGUUUGCUGGACGGUCGAGAUGACGUAACUGGUGUUGUAUUCACACUCUACGAGCUCAUCACGAAAGAUACACGAUUUACGAGCAUCCCUCACUGGAAUCUAAACAUCGAUAUGGUACAGAGUAUCUCGGUGUGGACUCGUAAUCGGGAGCUGGACUCUGACGUAUCGAAAUUCCGCAACUUUUUGAAUGACUGGCUAGCCACGCGGAAAUCAGACGGGGGCUUGGAGCGAUAUCUCAAUGCGCGCAACCAGCUUACCUGGCCCGACCUACCAACUGCGUCCGACUACAAUAUACCUUUCGAGCUGGGCAAAAAUUCGGAUGGAGAGCCAAUUUGGACAACAGGCCCGCGGUUUAGACGCACUGCGAUGGAGAAGGGACAGUACUGUUUUCACUGGGAAAGGCCACCACAGAGUAACUUAUUGAAUAAGGCUAAAAGUGGCAUGCACUAG